AUGUCUGCUCCAAGAACAAAACCUUGGGAAGUGUCGCUGGGCACCUCGGCAGCUGCUGCCUCAGACCCUUCUGCCUCGGCCGGUUCCGUGGCAGCCACAGGUGCUGGGUCAGGGCUUACUGAUCUCUCAUCUGCUCAGGAGAUCCCAGAUAGACCUAGCUCCUUGACGAAUCCAGGUACAGGGUAUGAUUCGAUGGGUUCUUCUGGCUACGGUACUGGUGGUCUUGGAAAUUCAAGAUACGGAUCUGGCCUUGGUUCUUCCAUGUAUGGAUCUGGUUAUGGUUCUUCCAUGUAUGGUGGAGGACUAGGCUCUGGCAUGUACGGUGGAGGCCUAGGGUCCAGCAUGUACGGUGGCUACGGUGGCUACGGAUCUUCCAUGUAUGGUGGAUAUGGUGGCUACGGUAGUGGGUACGGUUCUGGUAUGUACGGUGGUGGCUUCGGUAACGGUAUGUACGGCCAGAACGGUAUGAACGGGCCUGGCGCCAUCGCUGAGGGUACACAGGCGACCUUCCAGCUCAUAGAGUCGAUUAUCGGCGCCGUUGGUGGUUUUGCUCAAAUGCUAGAGGCAACCUACAUGGCUACACAUUCAUCUUUCUUCACCAUGGUCUCCUUGGCUGAACAAUUUGGCAAUCUUAAGAACGCCUUGGGCUCCCUUUUGGGUAUCUUUGCCCUCAUCAAAUUCGCCAAGAAGAUCUUUUACAAAAUCACUGGCCGUGUCUACGACCACGGCAUCAGCGCCAAAGAAUUUUCCAAGUUCGAGAACAAGCAAAAGAAGUUGGAAGAGAACUUCAGAAGAUCCCAAUCUGGCAACAAGUCUUCCAGAAUCUCAUUCAAGCCUUUGCUCUUGUUCUUGGCUGCUUCCAUCGGUUUCCCAUACUUGCUUAGUAAGGCCAUCCAAAAACUCAACCAACAGAACCAGCAGGCCCAACAGCGGAGACUCCAGGAACAGCAAGGCAUGGCUGCCGGCAAUCGUCCCGCGCUUGAUCCUGAGUCAUUGGAAUUUGCCAAAGCAUUAUAUGAAUUCAAUCCAGAAAACCCUAACAUUGAGAUUGAAUUGAAACCAAAGGAAUUGGUCGCCAUCUUGUCCAAAUUGGACCCCUUGGGCAAUGAAAGUAAAUGGUGGAAGGUCAGAUCACGGUCCGGCAAGGUCGGUUACGUGCCGCUGAACUACUUGAGCAUUAUUGAGAGAAGGGCGCCUCCCAAACGGGUAGAAGCAGCCCCAUCCUCUCCACUCCCGCAGCAGAUGCCGAUGGAGGAGAAACCAGAGAAGCUCGUGGACGAGUUUCAGAAAUUUCAAGCAUAG